UGUUAUGUCGCCACCAUGAGCACCUCUGAAUCUCCAGACCUCCAAUUCGUCAUAGACGCCGAGAGUCCUUAUAACUACGAGCCUAACGGCUUUCACCCCGUGCAUCUCGGCGACUCUUUUGCCGACGGACGCUAUCAGGUGGUCCACAAGCUGGGCCACGGCCUCUCCUCGACAAUCUGGCUUGUCCUUGACACACAGACAAGCACCUACAAGUCGCUCAAGAUAAUAGCCGCAUGGAAAUCUGUGACUGAGCUCCCGGUUCUCCAGCACUUGGAAGCCAAUUUCAGCGGACAGGAGGAGGGCAGCAACCACGUUGGUCAGAUGCUGGACCAUUUUGUUCAUGAGGGGCCAAACGGGCGGCAUCAGUGCAUUGUCGGCGAAGUGCUCGGCCCGACUCUUGCGUCUUACAUCGGCUGCUUCUGGGACAACGACUGUUACCCUCCGGACAUGGUCAGGCGAUUAUUUGGCCAAAUUGCUCUGGGUGUCACAUAUCUGCACCGCCGCGGCGUAGCCCACGGCGAUCUUCACCCGGCAAACAUUCUCCUCCGCCUCCCAAUGGCAUGGACAUCUCCUGCAGAAGUCGACAUGGACAUCAGGAAACCUGAGGAGUGUGCCUAUGGCGUAAUCAACCCUUCCCCACACCAGCCACGAUAUCUUGUCCCGGGCAUUCAGAACAACCAUGCCCUACUGAAACGCUGCUUCGAGAAUAAUCCGCACAUCAAAAUUUGCGACUUUAGCGAGUCGAACAUGCCCUCCCUCACCGACCCUCCCCGCCUCGCUUCUCCGCUCAUGCUCUGUCCACCCGAUGCCCUCCUCGGCUUUGCGAAGCAUCCCACCAUCAAAACCGAUAUUUGGGCGCUCGCUGUUCUGUGUCAUAUGCUCUUUUGCGGCAAUUGUGGGCUGUUCUUCAACGAAGACAACGACAGGAUGCUACGCGACAUGGUGUUGAACCUCGGUAAACUCCCAGAGCCGUUGUGGUCGAGUUGGGCGGGUAGGGACGCUUUCAACGACGACGGACAUCCCAAAAAUGGCGCUGCCCCGCGCUUCCUCAAGUUCCGCAUUGCAUUCAUACCAGAUGAGGGAGAACGAACAGCGCUGGAGGCGUUGUUGAGGUCCAUGGUCAACUACGAUGAACAGGCGCGGAUCACUGCAGAACAGGUCGUUGAGAGCGAGUGGGUGCAGAGGUAUUGUGUCCCUCAGAUGGGCCCAGCGAGCACAUUUGUGGUCGAGUAUUGUUAA